AUUCUCGUUUUAAGGGACUUCAUUUACAUCCGCAAACAAUUUUUAAGAUUUAUGACGCUUUUAAGUUCUAAAGGAUGUCGCUUUUAACUAAUGACAAUUUUAAUAGACGUUUGUGUUAACUUUGUAUUAAAAAAAAUGCUUUUAACCAAUACUUUGAUCUUUUGACAAAUCGUUAUUGAAGUGUUAAGCAUCUCUUCUGCUUGUUACAGAAAAACUAUAACAUCAACAUUAGAGAAUUCCCGCGUCGCCAUUAUUGUAGGUGCAGCGGGAUGCGGUAAAUCUACGCGUAUGCCGGCGGCCAUUUUGCGAAGUUGUGGCGUGAAAACCAACGCCAUAGUGUCGGAGCCUAGAAGGGUUGCCGCCAUAGGUCUAGCUGAGAGAGUGGCUAGUGAAUUGGGUGACGAGGUAGGAGGCUUGGUAGGUUACCAAGUAAGACUGCAAUCCAAACCACCUCGCCCACCUUGCGGUACUGUGUUGUACUGUACAUCGGGUAUACUUCUUAGAAGACUGCAAAGUAAUCCAGGUUUAAAUGGAUGUAGUCACGUGAUCAUCGACGAAGCUCAUGAGCGAGACGUCAAUACGGACAUAACGCUACUACUGUUGAAGCGAGCGCUUGAUAUUAAUCCUGAAUUAAAAGUUGUCAUAAUGAGCGCCACCCUUGAUGUAGGCGUGUUUAAAAGGUAAAAAACAUUCUUUUGCAUACUUUAGAAUUAUAUUAAUAAAAAAAAAACCUAUUUAAAUAUAUGAUGUUUAUGUAUAUUAUGUACUAGUGGGCGCC